GAUUCUUUUGAGGCGUGAGACUACAGAAGAAAAUUGUUUUACAAUGGGUGGAAAUGAAUCUAAAAUUAACUAUGAAACAGUGGACAGAACAGAUCCCAGCGCGCGUGCGCAAGGCGAGAAGAGGGCUCAAGAGGAAAAUGAGGAGAGAUUGAGCGAAUUGCGUGACAAGAUGGAAAAAGACCGUGCGCUGGCGUUACGCGAAGCGAAGGGACGUGCCUUGAACGAAGACGGGGCAGAGAGGAUGCGUUUAGAAAAACAACGACGUGAAAGAGAAGAAAAUGCAAGAAGAUUUAAAGAGGAAGAGGCGUUCCGUGAACUCAAACGUGAACUGAUGAUGUACGACUUUCAUAGUCGCCCAAGGAUCAGGAAAGAAUCUUUCACAGGUCUGCAGGUGGACGACGUUGAUCUGAUUCGCAUUGCUUUGAUCGGGCCUACGGGUUCUGGGAAAACUAGUUUUAUAGGUACUUUACAGCGAGCCCUCGGAGAUGCCGAACAGAGUGCCUUUGAACAAGGCACGGGAAGUGAAGGAACUAUUUUGCUCGAGGAAUACUAUGUGCACAAGAAGAUUCGGAUGAUUGACACCAGAGGGUUUUUUGAGAGUGACGAAAAACUCCUGGAUGAGUGUCUGAGGAUCAUGUCGGGAAGAAUCCGUCUAGGAGAAGAAGUUGUGCGAAAUUCUGACAAAUCCAACGCAGCAGCCAAUCAAGAGCCUACCGAUCCGGUGAGACGUGGACAACUUCUUUCAAGAUGCCCACAUGCUGUUGUCUUUGUUGUAAAAGCCAACGACCCGCGUUUGAAAGACGGCAAUUACAAGGAAGUUCUGAAGAAAAUCAGAGAGCAUUUCAGAGAAGAUGGUUAUGCUCCUGUGACUGUAAUCACCUACCUGGACAAGCUUAACGAUAAGGAGGACAAGGAUGAAGCUUUUGACCAGGCCUCCUGGGCGACCGGUAGCUCCAGUGAGAAGACCUAUUUCAUUGCAAAUUACACGCACGCUAAAGAUAAGAAGUCUGAUGCUGUAGAUCGAGCCGCCCUUGACAUCUUGGAUUCUGUUCUGUUGUCUGCCGAGAGGUUUAUCAGAAUCCGUAAACAGCGAGAGAAAAAUAAGAUGGAGAGAGAUGUGGUGGCAGGAGGACCAUCCCUUAGUGGGGAAACCAUUGAGCAGUUCUUGGCUCGUCUGCAGCAUAAACACCACUGGUCUGACCAGGGUAAGAUGAAAACUUUGAAGGAACACCUGAAGAAAGAAGAGAUCAACACCCUAGCGGUGCUGAAGGAAAUGUGGGAAGAUAUCAAGUCGAGUCUGCCAUUGUCCAUUGGAAUGAAGAUAGUCUUGGAGGAGGAGAUGCAGAGCCUGUGAAAGGCACUAUGCACAUACAAAAAAUGGUUUUAUUAGGAAAAAGGGAUUGAUUGAUUUAGUUUAGGUCAGUUGAAAAAUGGUCGAAAAAUAUAUAAUUAGACUGGGUAGAUUUCUGAUUGCAGUUCUUUACAAUUUUUAUUUUAGAAAAUCUGCUGCUACACUACAUGUACGAGUCCAUUACUACUAUCAAUCUAUAA